CCAUCCAUCCAUCCAUCCACACCCUCCCUCUCCUACCCGUCGCAUAGAACAGCCCAUUUUAAUGUUGCAAUCACCUUAGGACGAUUGCGGUUAGCGAGGUAUCUUUUCAGCAUGUAGACCCAAAUUCUUGCUUACCUAUUGGAGCUUAUGCUGUAUUAUCAGACAAAAAAAUAACAUCAACGAGAAACAUUGGGAACAACGACAAGAACAGUAGGCCUAAUAAUAUCAAAUAGCUACCUGCAGUCCAUAACCCUUCAUUUAUGCAAACACGCUAAUAUCUACCCUGUAUCGUUUCAUUUUCUUCAGCAUUAGAGGAAUUCCACAUAGGCCUAGACGUCUGCCUAAUUUUGUGCUCUACAUUUUUAUAUGCUGACCAGAAACAACAGAUGGGACAUCACGUCGGUAUACAUCCCUCAAACGUUUUUUCUCUGUCGGAUAUGAAGUGAAUUUGAAAGUGAAGAACAUAGGAUUUUCUGUUUUUCUAAACUCCCAGUUUACGUCCUUGGACAUGGCCGGCCUCUAGGUGAAUCCACCUUCUGAAGCAUCUUACUCUUUACACUCAAAUGCUUGAGCUCUUCUUUUUAUUUCUCUCCUUACAAAUAUCUGGCUCUAUGGAUUGGUAUCCUCCCUAUCAUUUAGCUUGAUGCCCUUUUCUCUUCUGAGGUUGUGAGAAACAUCAGAUUAAGGUCUCUGGUGGAAUAAACCACCGUCAAAUCACACAACAAAAACAUUUCCAUAUGUUCUUCCACACAUGCCUUGAUAUGGAGAAUCAUAGAAGGGGAAAAGGAGGGAGUGGCAUGGGAGAACAUUAAUCUAAAAAUCACAUAGUCAAGCAUACCCCACUUCCUACCCUGGCCAAGGCACUAAAGGAGUCCAUCAGAAAAUCAUUGUUUUUUGAAGAAGCAACACAUUUCUAUAACCACACAUUAUCAUGGGGGACUUAGCCAAUAGCUCGGUGGAGUUCAAACCCAAGAAGCGAGGUAGUGGAGGGGGAAUGGAGGUCAACCAUGCAGGGGACUUCGGGGCUACCCUGGAGGACCUGCGGGACCUAAUGGAGCUGAGGGGUGCAGAAGCCAUUCAGAAGAUCCAGGAGAACUACACGGACACAGAGGGCCUCUGUCAGAGACUGAAGACCUCCCCAGCCGAUGGCCUAUCGGACAAUCCGUCAGACCUGGAGAAGCGUGGCCAGGUGUUUGGACAGAACUUUAUCCCUCCUAAGAAAGCCAAGUCGUUCCUGGAGCUGGUCUGGGAGGCUCUACAGGAUGUCACUCUCAUCAUCCUGGAGAUAGCUGCCAUCAUCUCCCUCGCACUGUCCUUCUACCAACCACCCGGAGAGGAGAGCGAAGCGUGUGGGAACGUGGCGUCCGGUGCAGAGGAUGAGGGCGAAGCAGAGGCUGGCUGGAUCGAGGGCGCAGCCAUCUUGUUGUCCAUAGUCUGUGUGGUGCUGGUGACGGCCUUCAAUGACUGGAGCAAGGAGAAACAGUUCCGGGGACUGCAGAGCCGCAUCGAGCAGGAGCAGCGAUUCGCCGUGGUGCGGAACGGCACUGUCAUCCAGAUCCCCGUGGCCGAAAUGGUGGUCGGGGAUGUGGCCCAAAUCAAAUACGGCGAUCUCCUUCCUGCUGAUGGGAUACUGAUACAGGGAAAUGACCUGAAGAUCGAUGAGAGCUCGCUGACAGGAGAGUCUGACCAUGUAAAAAAGUCUGUUGACAAGGACCCUAUGUUGCUGUCUGGAACUCAUGUGAUGGAAGGCUCUGGAAAGAUGCUGGUUACUGCUGUGGGGAUCAACUCUCAAACAGGAAUUAUCUUCACUCUACUGGGGGCUGGAGAGGGUGAUCAAGAGGAGGAGAAGAAAGACAAGAAAGAGGGCAAUAAUACCCCUGCAGUCGAAGCAAAACAGAUCAGCAUCACGAAUGGUAAGCAAGAUGGGACAUUGGAAAACAAUCAGAACAAAGCCAAGAAACAGGAUGAGGCCGUUGCCAUGGAGAUGCAGCCCCUGAAGAGCGCUGAAGGAGGGGAGGUGGAAGCAGAGAAGAAAAAGGGCAACGUGCCUAAAAAAGAGAAGUCUGUGCUCCAGGGCAAACUCACUAAACUGGCCGUGCAGAUCGGGAAGGCAGGUCUGGUCAUGUCAGCCAUCACAGUGAUCAUCCUGGUGAUGUACUUUGUGAUCGAGACCUUUGUGGUUCAGGGCCGGGAGUGGCUCACUGAGUGUACACCUGUCUAUGUGCAGUACUUUGUCAAGUUCUUCAUCAUCGGCGUCACAGUGCUGGUGGUGGCUGUGCCUGAAGGGCUGCCACUGGCUGUCACUAUAUCACUUGCAUACUCUGUCAAGAAAAUGAUGAAGGACAAUAACUUGGUGCGCCACCUAGAUGCCUGUGAGACCAUGGGCAAUGCCACGGCCAUCUGCUCCGACAAGACAGGCACCCUUACUACCAACCGCAUGACCGUGGUGCAGGCCUACGCGGGCGACCAGCACUUCCACAUGGUCCCACACCCUGACCAGAUGAAUCCUAUGGUGCUGGACACACUUGUAAACGCCAUAGCUGUCAACAGCGCCUACACCUCCAAGAUUAUGCCCCCAGAUAAGGAGGGAGGCCUACCCAAGCAGGUGGGCAACAAGACAGAGUGUGCCCUACUUGGCUUCGUCCUGGACCUGAAGAGGGACUAUGCCCCCGUGAGGGAACAGAUCCCCGAGGAGAAGCUCUACAAGGUCUACACCUUCAACUCAGUGCGCAAGUCCAUGAGCACAGUGGUGCAGUUGCCCGAUGGAUCCUUCCGCCUCUACAGCAAGGGGGCCUCUGAGAUCCUGCUCAAGAAGUGCUCCUCUAUUAUGGCUGGCGGUGGAGAUCCGCGGGGUUUCCGCCCACGGGAUAGGGAUGAGAUGGUGAAGAAGGUGAUCGAGCCCAUGGCUUGCGACGGCCUGCGCACCAUCUGCGUGGCCUACAAGGACCUGCCGGCCAUCCCUGAGCCCGACUGGGAGGACGAGGCGGGCAUCGUCAGCGACCUCAUCUGUAUCACUGUGGUGGGCAUCGAGGACCCUGUCCGCCCAGAGGUCCCAGAUGCUAUCAAGCAAUGCCAGCGAGCAGGUAUCACGGUGCGCAUGGUGACAGGUGACAACAUCAACACAGCACGAGCCAUCGCUGCCAAGUGUGGCAUCAUCCAGCCAGGGGAUGACUUCCUGUGUAUAGACGGGAAGGAAUUCAACCGACGAAUCAGAAAUGAGAAAGGAGAGGUUGAGCAGGAGCGCAUUGAUAAGGUUUGGCCCAAACUGAGAGUUCUGGCUAGGUCCUCACCUACAGACAAACAUACACUGGUUAAAGGCAUCAUAGACAGCACCGUACUGGAACAGCGGCAGGUAGUAGCUGUGACAGGGGACGGGACAAACGACGGACCCGCCCUGAAGAAGGCCGAUGUUGGCUUUGCCAUGGGCAUCGCUGGUACUGACGUAGCCAAGGAAGCCUCUGACAUCAUCCUGACUGAUGACAACUUCUCUAGCAUUGUGAAGGCGGUCAUGUGGGGACGUAACGUCUAUGACAGCAUCUCCAAGUUCCUCCAAUUCCAGCUCACUGUCAACGUGGUGGCUGUCAUUGUGGCCUUCACCGGCGCCUGUAUCACACAGGACUCUCCUCUGAAGGCUGUCCAGAUGUUGUGGGUGAACCUUAUCAUGGACACCUUUGCCUCCCUGGCCUUAGCCACCGAGCCACCCACUGAGUCCCUGCUCCUGAGGAAGCCUUACGGCCGCAACAACCCCCUCAUCUCCCGCACCAUGAUGAAGAACAUCCUGGGCCAUGCCAUCUACCAGCUCACUAUCAUCUUCACCCUGCUGUUUGCGGGAGAAAAGAUCUUCAACAUUGAUAGCGGACGCCACGCCCCUCUGCACUCUCCCCCUUCCGAGCACUACACGAUCAUCUUCAACACCUUUGUGCUCAUGCAACUGUUCAACGAGAUCAAUGCCCGCAAGAUCCACGGUGAAAGGAACGUUUUCGACGGCAUAUUCCACAACCCUAUUUUCUGCAGUAUUGUGCUGGGGACUUUUUUAAUGCAGUUUGUGAUUGUGCAGUUUGGGGGGAAACCUUUCAGCUGCACACCACUCAAUGUGGAGCAGUGGCUGUGGUGUCUGCUCGUGGGAGUAGGAGAGCUGCUGUGGGGACAGCUCAUCACCACGGUGCCUACCAGCCGCCUGCCCUGUCUGAAGGAAGCGGGUCAUGCGCUGGGUAAGGAAGAGAUGAUUGAUGAUGACAUGGCAGAUGAUGAGCAAGAGAUUGACCAUGCUGAGAGGGAGCUACGUCGAGGGCAGAUUCUCUGGUUCCGGGGCCUCAAUCGUAUUCAGACUCAGAUCCGAGUGGUGAAAGCAUUCCAUAGCCCACUUUAUGAUGGCAUUGAGAAGCCGGGAUUCAAGAACUCCAUCCACGACUUCAUGGCACACCCGGAAUUUCUCAUCAGUGACUUGGUCCACAACAUCCCCUUGAUUGACGAGACAGACAUUGAAACCGAAGAAUCAGAGCGCUCAGACUGCAACAACGUUCGCCUGGCUUUUCGUCAAGCUCCUCCCCCUGCCCAGGCCCCUCAGCCUCCCCCUCGCUGCCGCUCCACCUCCCGUCCCGCCCCUGCCGCCAGCAGAGCCUCCCCGUUACACUCAACUGCAACAACAACGCCACUGCUGCUGCUGACGCUGAGAAUGGAGAUCAUCUGAACCCAAAAGAUGCAAGACUACCAACUGCUUCUCUCUGCUGCCCCGCCAGCCCAUUGCACAGCUUGGAGACCUGUUUAUAACUACAAUCUGGGCACAUGGUUGACAAAUAGGGAGAGGAAACACCAAUGAUCUUGAUGGACAUGGAUGUAACCCAACAAAGAGGAAAUGAAGAGGAAAACUGGACAUAGAAAAAUAAAUGAUUACAUUGUAUAGACCAAUGGUUUUAUAGAUUGUUGCCCAACCUUUCCUCAACAGCCACUGCUUUUAGCCUGCACUCUCCGCUUCAAAACACUCACAUAUCCUCUCAAAAAGCUCCACAGUCCAACGAUGCUAACCCCACCAGACUCUGAUUGACACUUUUGAAAUGUAUAUCUAGGCACGCAAUAGAGGAGUGAUUGGUGUAGUAGAGACAAGAAUGAACUGGAAUUGAUUCUUGCCCUUUUGAUUGAAAAUAUGAAGACUCAACCGAAAGUGAAAUGGAGUUAAUUCCUUCUGCUUUUUAACAAUAUAAUUGUUCAGAUUAUUACUGUUGUUAUUACUACUGCAAUUACUACAAUUACUACUACAAUUAUUAUAUUCCAGUUAAUGAUGCUUCAUUAAUUAGCUUUAUCUUUCAUGUAUGUUUGUAUGUAUGGUUUGUUUGCUUAACUGCUGUAUUUGUCUCCUUGUUUUUCUGUUUUUAUAUACUCCUUCUGGUCACGUCACCUUUUUUCCUUUUCUGUGUUGACAUGUGUUGUGUAUGUCUUGAAAAAUAAAAUAAUAAAUAUAACUAUACAAAUCAAUUUAAAACAUAUACAACAACUUCAAAACACAAAAUGGUAAGAAAAUAGUAGAUAUGCUAUAAAAAAAGUCCCCAAAAGCACUACUAAUAGUUUUGGUUCUUCUCUUCAUGUAGAUAUGUCUUGAAUUAAGUUAUUCACUUGGACACUUCCAUGAACAAAGGGAACAACUGAACUGAGUAUUGAAAAUAUUAAGUUGUGCGUAGUGAUUAAAGUAAUUUAUUUAAAUGAUUAUUUUAUUAA